AUGACAUCCUGCGGCAUGUUGGAUAUUUGCUUGUUACAAAUGACACCACGCGAGGAUGAACGUAUUAGGGUCGCCGGCUCCGCUUUUCUCAAAGAUUGUAAGACCAAUGUUUGCGCGCCCAACUUGCACGGGGGUAUCUCUCCCAUCUGGUUGCUCGAUCAGCUAGUCGAUGUUCAAUUCACCCCAGCAAUUUACCCUCACGGAUUCCCUCCUCCUUCCCUUCCUAUACCCGUCGAUGCUCCGGCUUGGCAGACCCUGUUGCCUCAGCCGUUGGCUUGUCAGGAAGGGUUUUUGCAGCCGCCAUUCGGCCAAUCCCUAGAUUUCGACUACGAGCCUACACUCUUCAAAUUGACCUCCGUAUUCGAUUUCGUACCCGCGCCCACUUUGCCGGACGACGACGAUCAGGAAAUGUGCUUCGUUAGUACUCAGACCUCCGGUGAAACGCAGCCUCCCCACCCAGAUCUUCCCUGGAGACACACUUCCCGAGGCGAUAUCCUUGACAAAAGUCAAAAACUGCUGCUCAAAAGCUUGUUGGCAGCGUCACCGUGGGGUCGCUCGAUCAAACUGGCCAAAUACCUUUUCGUUGGCAAUUUUCUGGUUGGAAUGCAGGACAAUCCGUUCAUUGUUCCUGAGGCAAUUUCCAGGCAGUUGAUCACAACAAGCUUUUUGAGAGCUCUUCGCUUUAACCAACAACCUUACGAGGAGCUGAGUGAGAAGCCGCUGACGAUCGUGGAUGACGAUGGCCAGGAGACUGUUGUGAGAUGGUCAUACUUGCGCAACCGAUUCAUGGACUUCUAUAUAGACAUUACUUCCGAAAUCAGGAAAAUCACGCGAGGGAGUACAUCCCCAUUGGCCGAAUUUGUGACCCAUGAGGAUCAGAAGUUAGAGAAGAUUCUUAACUUAAUUGUCGCGCUCAACUCAGGCGAUCAAAAACUGGUACAACAAGCUAUCUGCGACCUCAUCAAAACACAAGCUUUCAAGGAGGUCCUCUGGGCUGCAUUACUCCGACCCAUCGCUGAGCUUGCUGAAGGCAAUGCGAGACUAGCGGAUUUAUACCCUGACGCCAUUCAAACUUGGAUGGGCUACCUACGCAAAGGGAUUGUAGGCGUAUUGAUCACUCUUAUGUAUCAAGCGUUUACUUUGCAGAUACCAUCUGAUUCCAUGAACCUGAAAGCGGCCGAGUUACACCCAAAAAUCAUGGCUGCCCUUGACGAUAUGUAUUCGCAUCCAGACCGCUUCACCCCCUUCAUCCGGGUGGCACGUGAGCUUCCUUCGCUACAGGAGUCAAACGUCUUGGUAAUGGAUCCCAAGCAUAAAGUUCCGAAGUUUAUCACGGACAAGGCGGGGACUACUAACCUGAACUGCAAUCACCAGCACCCAUCACGAGUCAGUACCGUCACACCCUCGAAAAUCGACUGGACGAGAUUUUGUCACACCGGCACAACACCGGCACGUUUAUUUGGCAUUAUUUGGUGCCAAUGUUUUAGAGCCCGGCGGUCUGUCGUUCACGUCAAUCACUACACAACCGAUAAAGCCAAAAUAGGAAUAUUCACGGCAGUGAUUUACGGUCCUCAGAUUGGUAGUGGUCGCACACAGCUUGAGCUGUUAGCGGCAAAUAUGGCGGCCGCUGCUCCGCGAGCGCCAAGCCUGUUCAGCAGAUUGAUGCGCUCUUGCGCCGACAUAUGGACCCGGAUAGUGGAAAAACUAAAAUCGGUGUUCGAUUCAUUCGCAUACUAA